AUGGUGGGUAUGAUAGAUAGGCAAGGCUUAGCAUCACCACUACACGGCAACCUCACUGAUAUUUCACCUGGCACUCGAUGGGCUGAAAACGGUGUUACUGUAGUCGGUGGCAAUGGACAUGGUACAAGACUCGAGCAACUAUCUGAACCACACGGACUUUAUGUUGAUGAAGAUAACACUAUCUUUGUCGCUGACACUGCAAAUCACCGUAUCGUGGCAUGGAAGUAUGGUGAGACGAGUGGUAUCUUGGUAGCUGGUGGAAAUGGUGAAGGAGACCGAAACGAUCAGCUGAAUCGUCCUACAGCUGUGAUUGUACAUAAAGAGAGUGACAGUAUCAUCAUCUGCGACAGGAAUAAUCGACGAGUGAUGCAAUGGCCUCGUCAUGGUGGCACGACUGGGAAAAUAAUCAUGUCGGGAUUCGACUGUUAUAGCUUGACGAUGAAUAAUCAGGGAUUUCUUUAUGUCUCUUCGCCUGGCGAGAAUCUUAUUCGACGAUUUCGGCUGGGUGAGAGUCAUGUGACAGUAGUAGCGGGUGGGAAUGGAAAAGGUGAUGGCCUUCAUCAACUUCAUUUACCUUACUACAUCUUUGUCGACAGAGAUAAUGCAUUGUAUGUGUCGGACAAACAAAAUAAUCGUGUAAUGAAGUGGGUGGAGGGUGAGUCAGAAGGUAGUAUCGUGGCCGGUGAUCAAGGCUAUGGGAAUGAUCUGACACAAUUAUGUGGUCCUCAAGGAGUGGUUGUCGAUCAAUGUGGCACUGUCUAUGUCGCAGAGCUUUGGAAUCAUCGAAUAAUGCGUUGGCCUAAAGAUGCAAUACGGGGAAGAAUCCUUGCAGGCAAAAAUUGUGAAGGAGACCAAGCGAAUCAGCUGAAUAAUCCAGAGGGCUUAUCAUUUGAUCGAUACGACAAUCUCUAUGUUGUCGACCGAUUAAAUAAUCGAGUUCAAAGAUUCAAUAUCGAAAAGAGUCAUACAUCAUCAUCAGCAGCAGUGACUAGGCGGGACAAGACGGCAGAGUUAUUCAAUACCAGUGUAACUAGUGAGUAG